UCCACUACGGCGACCCAUUAACGCCACCGACUCCGACUCCGACGACCAAAUCCCCCACUUCCUUUCCUCUUCUGCUUGCAAACCCCGCACGUUUCCGCAACCGCGUCCGCGAUCCCGCGGGACCCAACUGCCACCGCCGCUGCGGCGUCGUGUUUGCGUGAGCCGUGACUGGAUCGGCGGCGAACAACAUGGCGGAGCCGUCUCUCCUCGCCCCGGGCGGUCCCUUCGCGGACCUCUCUUUCCCUGAGUUCCAGACGCCCGUCGUCGACGACACCUUCACCUUCGAAGACUUCGAUCUAGAGGAUCUCGACCUUGACGUCGACUUCGACCUCGAUCUCUUCGCCUCGGAUGGGCAACUCUCCCAGCCGCCGCCGCUUGCGACGUCAUCGUCCUCGGCUCGGUCUCCGGACGGGGGAUCAACAUCUUCCGCCGGCUGCGGGGACGGCGGGCUGAGGAACGAGUCCUCGGAGUCGUCUUUGAGGAGCGCGAGCGGUAAGGAUGACGAGGCGAAGCGGCGCGCGCGGCUGGUGCGCAACCGUGAGAGCGCGCACCUGUCGCGGCAGAGGAAGAAGCAGUACGUGGAGGAGCUGGAGGGGAAGGUGAAGGCCAUGCAGGCCACCAUCGCCGACCUCUCCGCCAGGAUCUCCUGCGUCACCGCCGAGAACGCCGCGCUCAAGCAGCAGCUGAGUGGCGCCGCCGGAGGAGCCCCGCCGCCACUGCCGAUGUACCCGGCUGUUUACCCUUUGCCGAUGCCGUGGAUGCACCCGGCUUAUGCCAUGCGUGGAUCACAAGUGCCACUCGUGCCAAUACCCCGGUUGAAGCCCCAGCAGCCUGCGCUUGCUGCAGCAGAGCCACCGGCCAAGAAGGCUAGGAAGACCAAGAAGGUUGCAAGUGUUAGCCUAAUCGGGUUGCUAUGCGUGGUCAUGGUUUGUGGGUGUUUGAUUUCUGCACUAAAUCGGAUGGAUGGCGCAGUUGAUGCCAGAGAUGGCUCUGCAUUUGGUGCAUCACAUCAUGGGAGGGUGCUAGCUGUUGAGGGGCCUCGUGAUAGCGUCUCCGAUGGUAUUGAUUCAAAGCCACCACAGAAUGCAAGUGAGACACUUCCAGCGCUAUUGUAUCUACCGAGGAAUGGGAAGCAUGUCAAGAUUAAUGGGGAUCUUGUUAUUAAGUCCAUUGUUGCAAGUGAGAAAGCAUCUUCUUGGAUGUCUAGAUAUCAUGGGAAGAAUCCUGGAAGCCAAGGAAAGGAAGAGACUAGUUUGGCAAUUCCUGGCUAUGUGGCUCCGUUGGAUGCUGGAGAAGUUAUGGAAACAACUUCAGGAAUGAAAAACAAACUGAUGGCUUUGGCUCCUGGAGAUGGAAGCAUGUAUAGGGAGGAUGAUGGGUUGCUGCCACAGUGGUUUAGUGAACCAAUGUCUGGUCCUUUGCUGAGCUCUGGAAUGUGCACCGAAGUGUUCGAGUUUGAUGCAUCUCCAUCCUCUGCUCAUGCAAAUGGCAUUGUUCCCGUCUUCUCCAAUGCCAUGUCAAACUCAUCGCAAAAUUUAACGGAUAAUCUUCCUGCUGGUCAUCCUCAGAAGGUGAGGAACCGAAGGGUUUUAUACUCCGAGGCCAUUCCUCUUCAAGAUUCGACAUCCAACGACACCGAGCACCUCAAAACGCCACCGGAGAAUGAAAGCUAUGGUAGUAGGAAGCCAGUUUCAUCUGUGGUUGUCUCUGUCCUGGCUGAUCCAAGAGAGGCCGGCGACGGGGACGGUGAGGGGAGGAUCUCUUCGAAAUCGUUGUCCCGCAUCUUCGUUGUCGUUCUCAUAGAUAGUGUAAAGUAUGUUACUUACUCUUGUGUCCUGCCGUUCAAAAGCCAUAGCCCUCAUCUGUAAGUCUGGGUUUUGCCCCUGAUCAUGUAUUCAGGAUCUGUGGACUGACAUUAACUGGACAAUAAUUCUUGUAAGCAACAGAUGUACUGUUUUAUGAUGAUAGA